UUUUAAUCAUAAGUCAGUCAACUGUGAAAAGAAACGGACAUCGUCGAUCAAGGGGGUGCAUAAUGGAUUUAUUUCCUUCUAGCAACUUCCAUCGAGAAGAUGAUGUGAAAGACAAUUAUGUAGCAAUGGCCUUCGUUCUCGGGGUUUCUGCUGUACUUAGCUGGCUGGUGAUAUCAGAGGUCAUCUCACCAUUGAAUGAAUAUCCCGGGCCUUUUCUUGCAAAAUGGACAAACUGGUGGAGAUUUGCAUUAGUACGCACCGGCAGCUACCACAUCCGCAUCAAGGAACUUCAUGACCAAUACGGACCCGUUCUCCGAAUCGGACCAAACCUACUCGAUCUAGACAUCCCUAAACUUGUUAAAACACUAUACGGUUCCGACGCGAGUUGGCAGAAGACCGAGUUCUACAAGAACAACAGCGUAGUCAUCAACGGGAAAACAACGUAUCAACUUUUUAGCGAGAUUGAUCCUGCUAGCCAUGCUCGCAUGAAACGUCCUAUUGCAAAGUUCUUUGGGCACGGUAUGGUUCUAUCUAAAGAAGUCCUCAUGGACAAGGCUAUCAUAGACCUGUGUAGUCACCUAGAGUACCGUUACCAUGAAAAAUCUUGUGACCUAGGAGAAUGGAUAGCUUUUUGUGCGUGGGAUAUUCUUGGCAAUAUGACAUUUAGUCAACCUUUUGGAUAUAUGGACAAAGGCUACGACUUUGAUCAUUCCCUUAGUAUCGCCGAUAAGUCUUUAGACUACUUCGCCGCCGUUGGUCAGAUCCCUUUCUUGGAUAACCUCUUGGAUAAGAAUCCUAUUAUACGUCUUGGCCCACCGAACCUUGGAAACAUCACUCUCAUUGCAACCAAGCAUCUCACAGAACGACUUGCCGCUAAGGAUUUUAAACCUAGUGGUGCUCUUGAUUAUCUCCAGCAUUUCAUCGAUGUGAAUAACUCUGACCCUAAUGUUACCGAAACCGAUAUUCUGAUGAACUUGCUCACUACCUUGAUAGCUGGGGCUGACACGACGGCUAUCACGAUACGUACUAUUUUCUAUUAUUCUCUACGCAAUCCACCUGUUUAUCGUCGGCUGGAAGAAGAAAUCCUUGCCGCCAAACUAGCAGAGCCAGCACCAUACUCCUUAGCUCGAGCACUACCUUACCUUGAAGCUACAGUACGCGAGGCAAUGCGUAUUCACCCUAGCGUCUGCAUGUUGUUGGAGAGAUAUGUGCCAGAACCAGGCCUGACUCUACCAGAUGGUAAUUAUAUUCCUCCCGGAACAGCGGUUGGGAUCAAUCCAUAUGUGUUAGGCCGUAACAACGAUAUCUGGGGCCCCGAUGCCAAUGAAUUUCGACCCGAAAGAUGGUUACGGGGCGAAGAGGAAAGCGAGGAUGCGUACCGGGGACGCAUGAAGCGCUUCAACGCCGCAGACCUGACGUUUGGUGGCGGCUCUCGCAUGUGCCUUGGUCGUUAUAUCGCACAGAUGGAAGUAUACAAAGUUGUAGCAACCCUGGUCAGCCAUUUUGAGAUUGAGCUAGCUGAUCCUACAAGCGAGUGGAAAGUUGUAGGAAGCUGGUUUCCUCGACAAAAGGGGUUGAAAUGCCACCUCAAAAGCCGUUCGUGAUCUCUUUAUUUCUCGUACUUGUAGCUCUUUUUUGGUAAGGACUUGUGUCAUUGAAUGAUUUCUUUUUGUCGAGUUCUUUUGGGAUUUACUUAUUCGCUCAAAAUCGGAAGAAUCUAAAGCUGAAGGGAUCCUGCUUCAGGGAUACAAAUAGGAGUUAGUGGUAUAAUGAGCAAUGAAGAUUGGACUUUUCACCAUUUCUGGCGAAAUAGAAGACUAAUACCUUUAUCUAAUGAAGGCUUCCCAGGUCAACUGGUUGUGCCAUUAUUAUUCUCUUAUCAUACCAGUGAAAGGAGAAGUGGUUGAUGUGAAGAAAGCAAGGCACGGUCUUCUAAGUGCCUCAUCAAUAGCG